CUGCUGCUAAUACGCACACGUUUACUGUCACAGGGUUUUAGCAAGGAAGGUAAAGAAAAGAUGGAUGAAAAGAAAAGCAACGCCGAAAACACCUCUCAGGAUUUGCUGGUCUGUGGUAACGUAAAAGGAAUUCACGACAGGUUCUUACUGAAACCCAAGGGCGCAACCUCACUGCACACCGAAAAAGUUCCGCGAAGUUCUGUCUUAGACAGGCUCCAUAGUUUCCUACCUCAGAUGGCCCUGGCAAACGAGUCUUUAAUGCAGCAGAUGGAGACGGUUCCUGCAGGUCACUUUGAUAUCGAGAACAUAAAGGAGGCAGAGAAAGUCAUCCAGAUGGAUGUUUCUCUGGUGGAGCUGGAGGACUCGGACAGCAGCGAGGACGAAGACUCAACCGAGGACGACAGCACAGAUGAAGACACCGUUACUGAAGAAACUCUCAGACUACCUGGCAACAGAAGGAGGAAGGCCAACAUCCAGGUGGUAGAAAAAGAGGGAGAAGGAGAGGACAGUCCCACGCAGCAGAGUGACAGACGGUGAAUUCUGCUCUUGUACGAGAUCCAUUUUGUAGUGAUCAGACCUUAAAUACCACUCGCACUGAGUUCCUAAGAAAUACUGUCCUGCAGAAGACAGUUUUGAAGUAGAGGUUGUUAUUAAUAUUGACUGACACGUUGCCAAAUGGCAUGUGAGCAUUGCUAGAAGCUGAGGGUCAGGUGCUGUCAACACAGCCUGUUUUGCUAUGUAUUGGAUAAUGUUUGUUUUGCCAAGGAGUUUUCUUUCUUUUUAAAUUUUUUUUUGUGAAGUAUAUUACUGUAUUCUGAUAUAUGGUUGAGUGGUAUUUGUGUGCCAUGUCUAAACUGCAACCAUUCACUUUAACUGUUUCAAAAUUGUUGUAAAAAAUUUGUUAUAAAGUUAUUUAAAAUUCACAACA